UCAUCGGCAGCUCGCCCAUCCAAAGCGCUGUCACUUUGCAGUCUAACCACGAAAAGUGCCAGAGACAACACGCACCCUCCAUUUGCGGAAUCUUCGUCGAUCAAGUGAACUGCUGCUGAAAAGAGUGCGCGAUGGCUUUCGGUGAUUAUCCGGCGGAGUACAACCCGAAGGUCCAUGGACCUUACGAUCCUGCCCGCUACUACGGCAAGCCGGAUACCCCGUUGGGCCAGGUGAAGUUGAACGAGUUGGGUGCUUGGUUUGGCCGCCGUGACAAGAACCCGAAGGCUGCCGCUGGUGCCGUGAGCCGUGCCUUCUGGAGAUGGCAACACAAGUACUGGCAGCCGAAGCGGAUGGGAAUUGCCCCGUUCUUCCAGGUCAUCGUCGGAGGAAUGGUGUUCUUCUACGCCAUCAACUAUGGCAAGCUGAAGCACCACAGGAACUACAAGUACCACUAAACGAAGGCACCCGGCCCCUGGUAGCAGGGCAGUAAGCGGAACCCCAUCCAUCAGUUCAUUACAUAAGCGCGAUCCGCGGAGAACAAUUUUGGCAGGAUCCGGUGGGUGGUUCCGGCUUGUGGGAGAUAGAAAUUAGGCGUAGAUUGGCAGGCGGAUGCUGAAAAUCUGCCAAUUUGGUUCGGAGAGUAAAAUAAAUUACAUAAUUCGCGAAAAAUAAAGAUGUGAAAAUGUAGCGGAAAUUUCGUUUUUCUGUCAAA